GCCCUGACCAUCCCCGUGGUGGCCCUGACCAUCCCCAUGGUGGCCAUGACCACUGCCAUGGUGGCCCUGACCCUGCGGUAGCCAUGACCAUCCCCGAGGUGGCCCUGUCCCUGCUGGCAGUGCCCCUGCUAGUGGCCAUCCCCUCAAUGACCACCUGUGGUGGCCCUGGUGGUGGCCGUCCCUGUGCUGGCCCUGCUCAUCUCCCCGGUGGCCUUGGCGGUCCCCGUGGUAGCCCUGGCCACCCCCUCAGUGGCCUUGGUGGCCCUGGCUGUCUUCCGGCCCCUUUGGUGGCCCUCACCCACGGUGACCAUCGCUGUCCCUGUGGUCACCUCGGUGGCCCUGGCGGUGCUUGUGACUGUCCCCAUGGUGGCCCUGACCAGGCUCUUGGUGGCCCUGGCUGUUCUCUUGUCCCUUUGGUGGCCCUGGCAGUGGCCAUCCCUGUGGUGGCCCCGGCCCUCCCUUUGGUGGUCGUGGCAGUGGCCUUGGCCACCGCUGCGGUGGCCCUGGAUGUCUCAGCGGUGGCCUUGGUGGUGGCCGUCGCUGCGGUGGCCCUUCUUGUCCCCAAGAUGGCCUCGGUGGCCCUGGCCAUCCCUUUGCUGGUCCUGGCAACGGCUUUGGCCACCUCCGCGGCGGCCCCGGCCAUCCCCUGGCUUUUCCUGUGGUGGCCCUGGCUGUCCUGGUGGUGGCCCCGUGGUGGCCCCGUGUCCCCUCUGGUUCCUCCUCCGGUUUCGUUGGUUUGACGCACUCGACCCAAAGUUGG